AUGCCAGGGUUUUCGCCCGAGCAGACCGACUCGAUAACGGCAACAUGGAAGAAACGCAAGCGGGACCAUGAGGAGUCAAGGACUCUAGCACGUCCAACAACAUAUGCCCCAUCCUGCCGAGUUGAUUGGCCCGAAUACGACGGUAGCUGCUCACUGCCUCUAUCACGACACCCAGAAGGAACAGACAUAUCCUUCCGACCACGCUGUCUCCCCCGCAAGCGCCGACAUAUCCAAGGCCCUUAUAUAGCACUACCGUCUCACCAGUUCCAGCCUCAACACCAACUCCAACACCAGCAAUCCCCGACCCACCUCUCCCCAAAUGUCUACGGCACCCCAAACCAAGACCCAUACUCACCCCCGAUCUCCCCAAAAACCCUCGUCCCCUUACACUACCCAACUCAACAAUCCGCCUCUCCCUCCGCCCUGCGCCCCUGCCACAUCUGCCACCGCCGCCCAACAACCCGUCAAGUCCUCGACGCCUAUGCAGACUGCGAUCUCUGCCACGAGCGCGCAUGCUUCAUCUGUCUCCGGCAAUGUGAUAGCACAUCCUGCGGCGGAACAUUCGGUCUAGCAGAAGAUCCAGGCAUACACAUGCAUAUGCGCACAAGCUCAACCGACGACGUCAGCUACGGUGCCAGCGAGGCGCCGAGGAGGAAAAUAUGCUCCGGCUGUGCAGUGGAGGAAGUCACCGAGAAUGGGGCGGAGAUUGUACGCUGUCUUGACUGCGUGCGUGGUGCGGGCUCGUGGGCUCCGGUGGCUAUUCCGUCUGAUUGGGAUUUGGAUGACAUGCGGCAUGAGGAUAUGACUGGAUGA